AUGAUUCUUGGCGACUCGUGUGUUUGUGCUGCACCUCUCGGGUUCGGGAAAAAGAGAGGUUACGUUCUUUCUAAGUCACCGUUUUAACGCAAUAGGAUGUACGACGACUACAACGAGUAUGACGCCUACGACGAUUACGGGCCACCGGAGGUGCAUGAUCAGUACGAUCGGCCGAGCUAUCGGCAAGUACCAGAGGUGGUGCGCAAUUUCCUUAUUUUCUUACGCAACUGCAUCAACGAAGGUAUGAUUUUCGAGAUACAGAAUUUGUACGAGAACUCGUUCCCCAAGAUCUCGGAACAGCUGUUUGAUAAGUCGCCGUGGCCGGACGCAUUGACGAUCACUCAUAUCGUCGACAAUGAUCCAGUCUUCCUUACUCUGUACAAGGAGCUUUAUUACCGUCACAUUUACGCGCGCAUGCAGGGCCCUACGCUGGAGCAACGUCUCAACUCUUUUUAUAAUUACUGCGAUCUCUUCAACUAUAUUCUAAAUCCGGACACUCCAGUGCAGCUGGAACUGCCCGACCAGUGGCUGUGGGAGCUCAUCGACGAGUUUGUUUAUCAGUUUCAAUCGUUCGCUCAAUAUCGCGCCAAUCUAUCUAAUAAGACGCCGGACGAGAUUGAGAAUCUGAACGCGCAUAACAAGAUUUGGGAUGUCUUGUGCGUAUUAAAUGUUCUGCACUAUCUGGUCGAUAAAUCGAAAAUCAAGAGCCAGUUGGAGGUAUAUGCGAGCGGCGGUGAUCCAGAUUCCGUAGCCGGCGCUUUUGGCAGACAUUCUCUAUACAAGAUGCUCGGCUACUUCUCCCUUGUUGGUCUUCUAAGAUUGCAUUCUCUGCUGGGAGAUUAUUAUCAGGCCAUAAAAGUCCUGGAGAAUGUGGAGCUUUACAAGAAGAGUGCGUACUCCCAUGUACCUGGUUGUCAGAUUUCGACAGCAUAUUAUGUGGGCUUUGCGUAUAUGAUGAUGCGCCGAUAUGCGGAUGCGAUCAGAACAUUCUCCGGUAUCCUACUAUACAUCCAACGUACAAAGCAGCUGUUCGCCACGCGGAGCUAUCAGAAUGAUCAGAUAAAUAAGCAAACCGAGCAAAUGUACCAUUUACUCGCCAUCUGUCUAGUCUUACAUCCACAAUGCAUAGACGAAGGCUUGCAGCAAGCUUUACGGGACAAGAACUAUCAUGAAAAGAUGUAUAAGAUGCAGUACGGCGAUCUUACAGAGUUUGAAAACUGUUUCGUUUUUGCAUGUCCUAAAUUCCUGGCUUUAACACCACCGAAUCCGGAUAAUCCUAACGAAGAUUACGUUCGUGAAGCCAUCAAGCAUCAAACUCAAGUCUUUAUGGACGAAGUGGUGCAGCAAAAAAUGUUGCCGACCAUCCGUUCAUACUUGAAACUCUACACGACAUUACCACUAAGCAAAUUAGCUACAUUCAUGGGCAAUAAUACUAGGUCUGAUAUAGAGGGUUGGGACUUGGACAAAGAAGUUAAUGCUUUGACGAUUCAUUUAUUAUGUUUUAAGCACAAAAUGAAGAAUAUUGUUUGGACAAAAGGUACAUCGGGAUUAGAUGGAAAAUUUCAAUCCGGCUCUGAGUUGGAUUUCUAUAUUGAUCAUGAUAUGAUCCACAUUGCUGAUACAAAGGUAGCGCACCGUUAUGGAGAUUUCUUCAUUCGCAAAAUACUAAAAUUUGAAGAAUUAAAUCGCAAGCUGCAUCAUAUAAAGAUUUAACUUGUAUAAUAUUAUAUAAUCAUUAUAAACAUUUUCACAAUAUUUGAAAAAGAGGGAAAAUACAGAGAUUUAAGAAAAUAAA